GUCGUAAAACUGUCGUGCAACACCCUGACGACAGCUAAAUCGCUUUACGGACAGCUGUUCUGUCAUGUAAGAUCAGUUUUCGGUUGUCCUUGCAGAGAUGUGGAGAACACAUGCCACCUACUGAAGUCUGUGCACCAAAGACAAAGACAAAACAAAGACGUGACAUGGCGUCUCGCUUCCUCAAGUACGCAGUGCUACUUCAGAAGUACAGGACUCCGCUGAUCAUUGCGAGCUGUGGUGGCGUCUUUGCGGCCAACAUGUUCUACCAUGUUUUCCCUGACAUCUCCUACCGUCAGCUGUAUCAGGCCUGGUCCAAAGGAGAACCGGUCACGCUGUCUGAGAAGCUCGAGGAUGUUUUCCAGCAGGUGUUGAAGGACUACGGUGUCAGCUCACCAAAGAAUUUCUCUGCCUUCGCCUCCUAUGGGUUCCACACGGUUGGUGCUGGCGUCCCGUGGCUUUCUGCAGGAGCCCAAAUUGGCAUCCCAGCGAACUUUAACAGCACGUCCGAUGACCAGAGCGGAAUCACCAACCGCACCAUUUUCAUCAACGGCAAAGCGGUGGACUGGAGCAGCGACACUGGCUCUGCUCUGCAGGAGGCGCUGGUGUUUUCCCUCGAGGCGCAGAAGUUUGCCAUAGCACGAGAAGUGGCCCGCUUGCAGUCUGGAGGACCUGUUCUGAGUGCCGCUGUCGCCCCAGUCUGCCUGGGAGGGGUUUGGAUAUACAGCUUGCUAAUGAAGCAGUUGUUCGGGAUCCACGCUGGGCCUCCACUACUUCGUGGAGGUGUGAACGUUGUGGCGCUGGGAGUGGGUGCCGUGUCUUACUUUCUCACCUCGGAUGCCGUCAGCCAGUGGAUUGACUACAGCUCAGACAAGCAUGCGGCGGGAGUGUCCCGUGAUUAUGCCAAAGGAGGGGUGGAGUUUUACGAUAAGAUUCUGUCGAGAAACAAGACGCUGCGCUCCCUGAUGGGGCAGAAGGGACAGGAGAUGUAUGCUCCCAGUGGGAACCUGUUUCCUGCUCACCUCCUCAAGCUGAAACACACACCAUACACAUCCAGGAGGGAAGGGAUCCUCACUCUGCUCAGAGAGGAAAAAGCUUGAAAAGAAAUGGAUGUCACCUGAACCUGUAAUGAUGAAUGAAGCUGUGCUUAUCACUGUGAAAAAUAGCAGAGUAGGAGGCUUCCUGAGCGUUUUUUAGAAGCAAAAAACCUUGUCCAAAUAGUUUUUUGACAUAUUUUUCAUAGAAAUAUGUCAUCCCGCGUGUGCUGAAUGUUAUUUUGUGCAACGUUUUAUGUAUCCUGAAGUGCAGAACAAUGCAAAUUACAAGACAAGUUUUGUAAAGUCCGGAAGUGUCAAAUAUUUAGUGGCUAGCGAGACUGAAAAGACAAGAUUUAGGUGGUUACCCAAUGUGCAAAUAAACAUUUUUGAAACCUGUUAA